AUGAACUACUACGUGAGUAAGGGUCUACAUGCAUUCAUAACAAAACUAAUCAGAGACUCGAAGCACUGGACUUUAUAUGCCACCGGCAACAACCCGCCUGAAGGAACAAAAUUCCACGCAACCGAUCAUGGAAACUCAAGGAAUCCUCUUAAAUAUGAGGAUGGAAGGGUUGGUAAUCCCUUGCGUUCAAGAAACUUGGUUGUAUGCCUGAAGGUUGGCUAUGAGGACUCUCACCAGGCAAUUCGCCAGAGUCUGAAGAAAGUUCCGCUUGGAAGUUCAAGAGCUCUCCCCCGCCGCGAGAGCAGGUGGUCAUGCCGUGUUUUUCUCCUCCAAGGUCUCAAACAGCUCAAUGAUGACGGUCUCAUCUUUCUCCCACCAGACUUAGAUCUGGAAGGGAUUGAAGCAGCAUGUUAUAAGCACGCCGAUUUCUACCAUAGAAUCAAGGAGGAGGAUAGAAACAAAUCAACACCGGCCAAAGUUAUUAACAACAAUCUUUGGCUUCAAAUGGAAAAUGCCUCUUCUAGGGUCGGGCAACCAUCGAAUUAUUAUCAGGCCUAUGCCCAGCCGAGACUUCAAGGAGCUGUGCCGAUGGACACAGAUAGAAGCUACCGUGGCCCGACAUACCAUCCAACGGACCCAAUGGAGACGGAGACUGCAGGACGGUACCUAGGCCCAAGCCCGAUGGAAACAGAGCCUCAUGGGUACUACAACAACUAUCGUUCCGGGCCAAGGUAUUAA